UCUUUUACGGAAUGUGCGCAACAAUAGCUCUACCCAGUCACAAUAAGGGGAAAAAAAUGGAACAGCGCAGAAAUUCGAGACCCUGUGGAAAUUCAGUCAUCGGCUAUCUUUCAGACUUGGCAUAUCAUGUUCUCUUCACUGUAAUGCAGUUGAAGCUAUUUCUUAGUGGAGGAAACUGGUGAUAGGCUAUAAUGUUAUCCCCAAAAUAUGGAUUAUGGCUUGCCUCCACAGGAGUGUCGCCGCUAACUCUGUCGACCAAACGCUUGCCUGACUGUGUUAAGACUGGAUGCAAACUGCCACCGGUCUGGUCGUCUGCCCGAAAGCGCAGGCAGGUGGGACAUACGAACCGCUUCCAGUUGCACGGCUUCACCGAGGUGGUCGCGGUCAGCGACCUGCUUGGACAAGCGCAGGUGGAUCGAUCAAUGCGGACGGGCAUGAAUGCGACCUUGAAGAGUAUCAGGACAGCUGACUUUCAAGUCCGUGGUCAUGACGAUGCCCCCUGCUAUGAGUCGACACUGCCACAGAUCACUUCUCCACAGAGCUCGGUCGUGCCCACCCACUCUCGGCCCUGUUCCCUCUCCCCAGGUUCCCCCUCUGCUUUUAAACCUGAGGAGAAAUUCUACAUGGUGUCACGCCAGACUGUUAACUACAGUCAGCCAGACGCAGUUCUGGAAUGCCUGGGCAGCCAAUGGGAGCUGCACCUGCCCUACCUGAUCAAGUCGUCCAUGCUCACCAACCUGUACGCCACCUGCCGCAAGCAGAGGCUGCCUUACCCGCCACCCGAGCCUGCAGGACCCCACAGCAGGCCUGAGAGUCAACCCUCUCAGAGGAAGAGGAACGAGAGAAAAGCUCUGGGUCCUCUGUUCAUGCAGCUUCAUGUGAAAGACCCGUCCAUAACCAAAGAGGCACUGUCCUUUGCUCUCAGGACUCUGUACGCACCUGACACCUGUCCAGAGCAGUGGACGGAGGGGCUAUUGGCUGCUGCCAUCUGCCUGGGCCUCCCACCGCUAUUCGAGAGGUGUCUAUCAGAGAUGCAGAGCAGGAUCAGGCCGUCCACUGUGUGUGAGUUCCAUAGCGUGGCAAGCAGGUAUAAGGAGGAGAGUCUGGUGAAAGAGUGUGAAAAAUGGUUAGAGCGCCACCUGGUGUGUGAGUUAAGCAACAGCAUCUACCUGAAGUACCUGCCUUUGGGGCUGCUCCUCAAAACCCUCCAGUCUCCCAGAGUCUUCACCCCCAGUGAGUAUCAGAUGUUUAGGACAGUGCUGUACUGGGUUUACCUGCAGUUUAACAUCGCCCUGCAAGUCUUACCUACACACUCACACAUCAUCACCUUCUUCUCCAGCUGGCCGAGGGAAGGAGCGUUCUUGGAGCAGCCAGAGGGGCUGAGGUUCUCUAUCCUCUUCCAUUCUCUACGCCUCCAUGGCAUCACAGACUUGUUCCAAUGUGUGUGA